AUGGCCUUUACAGAGGACAGCCUGAAGGCGAAGCUUUCGUCUCUCAAUGAGACGCAAGACUCCAUCUCGACUGUCGGCCAGUGGAUCCUCUUUCACAGACGACACGCCGAACGCAUUGCCGCAGUAUGGCUGCAGCGCAUGAAAGAGUCGACGCCGAACAAGAAGCUGGUCCUGGUCUACCUCGCCAACGAAAUCACUCAGACGUCCAAGAUGCGCAAGAAGGAAGAGUUUCUCAGAGCCUACGAGCCCAUUAUUGCCGAGGCCACAUCGGCAGCCUACAAAGGCUCGCCCAGCGACGUCCAGAACAAGAUCCGCCGCGUCGUCGAAGUAUGGCGCCAGCGCGCCAUCUUCGCCCAGCCUGUGCAGCAGAACAUCGAGAAAGUCAUGAACGACAUCGACUCGUCCAAGUCAAUCGGCCGCAAGCCGGCUCUGGGCGGCAGUCUGUUCUCGGGCUCCACGGUCCCGGCUGAGCUCACGCCCGUCGCUCCCCUCGCCACGUCCGUCAACAAGGCAGAUCUCACAGCCAAACCCGCCGUCGGCGCUGCAAACCAGGAAUACGAAAAGGUCACUAAUCCAGACUACACCAUCCCCUCUGCACCCGUCCACGCCGCGGGCCUCUCCACGCUCGUCAAGAAGCUCGCAGUCGCCGAGGGCGCAGUCGCAGAGAGCAUCAAAGCGCGACAAGCCCUCAUAACCGGCCUGGAGACGCUCCUCGCGACGCAAAAGCACAAGCUCUCCGCUGACCGCACCGCCGCCGCCGAUCUGAAGACGCGCAGAGACGCCAUAGAGUCGCGCAAGCGCGCCGUCGAAGACGCAAUCCUGCAGGGCCUCUCCGCGAUAGAAACAAACCGCAUAUCCGCCGCGCCACUCCCCGUCGCUCCAUCUCCGCCUCUCGGGGCGCAGAAGCCGGAGAUUGAGGACCUCACGCCCCCGCCCAUGGAGUCGUUCACGCCCGUCGGCUCGCCUGCGAAUGCCGCCGCGCAGCCCGUCGAGCCUGUGCCCGACAUGGGCGACGACGUGCUGCCUGCACCCGUCUCCCAACCUGUCGUGCCGGAAACUACGCCUGCGCUUGGCAACACCAGCUCGCUGACUAGCUUUCAGACGGCGUUCAGCGCCCAUGUGAACGUGCCGCAUGAUCUGCUGAAGAGUCUGCAGCACGCCCGGCCCGGUCAGGAGGGCGGUGUGCAUGGACAACUUGCGCACGAGCAGGCGGCGAAGAAGAGGAAGAUGUCAAGGGGUGGGGAGGAUGAGUGGGCGGCGUUCCAGGGCGAUGGGGAUAUGGAUGGGAUUGAUGGGCAGCUGCAGGAGCUGAUUUAG